GGCAGGAUAUUUCAUCUCGCAUCGGAUCCGUGGUCCGGCCAACCCGCGACUGCAAAGGAAAUUGGCCAGUGAAGACUCGAAAUCAAAUUUGUUGUGCAUGUAUAGCACUCGUGCUCUUUUGAGAUUUUCCUCAGGAGAGAAAGGUUGCGUGCAGUAUUCUGUGGAUAUUUCUUACAAGAAACGUUCGGAAGUGAACAGGGUAAAUGGGACAUCAGCUGACAGGACAUCGGCAAGUUAAAUGAAUUUACUUUCACGACGAAAGCGAUGUAGGGUGCGCUCCUGGUGGCGUUCAUGGCCUACUUUAAUCUGUUUACCCACCAUGAGCGGACUAUCACCAUACCUUUAUAGCUUAAUGUGUCAAUAUUGUAUAAUCAAUUUGAUCUCUGCGGAGAGUGUCUAUUCAAGUGCUUAGAGUCAUACCCGCCACAAGCCGCGUUUGUGACAUGUAUCGGCAGACCAAGGACAACAUUUAUCUAUGAAUACGCACAAUUUGUUUUACUUUGUACAUAUUACUCUAUUCACGAUAUACACCAGCAUUUACUGUUUUACAAGUUUAAAUAGGAGAGAAUCAUUAACUAAUGGAAUUAGGCAACGCAACUAGGCUUGGAAAAUAUUUUGAACGUUCUCUUUCUAUCUAAUGAGGUGGUUGCAUAAAACCAGUUGGAGCCAAUGAUUCGCAAUGGAGGAGAACUCGCCGAACCACAAGCAGGGAACUGCCCUCAUUAAAAUGAAGGAGUUCAACUCGGAGACCGGCAGUUGUACUGUUGAACGAACAGAGACCGAGUUCAAGGAAGCCGAGCAAAGCGGUACGACAAUCAACCUUAACAUAGCGGGCGUCCACCACCAAGUGCCACUCUCCACUUUAUGGCGGUUCCCCAGCACGAAACUUGCUCGACUUGCUGACUAUCACCAGCGGAAGAUCAACAAUGGUUGUGAUGAUGAGGCUUUGUCCACCAAUUACUACUUCAAUAGACACCCGGGGGUCUUUCAAAGUAUCAUAGAUUUCUAUAGAACAGGAGAACUUCACUAUCCGUCAGAUAUUUGUGGCGUCAUCGCAAAGAGAGAAUUUAAAUUCUGGGAAGUGUCAGAUCAAACAAUGGAAGCGUGCUGUAUUACGAACUAUGUCUCUGCUAGCGGCAACCUCGACAUAUUGUCUAGGUUUAAGAGAAAACACAUAAAACUUGAUAAAGCUCCGGAGCCUGUCGACGAGGACGAGGUGAAGACAUGCAAAAUGAAGGUCUGGACCAUACUAGAUGACCCGAAACAGAAUUGGCCUGCCAUGAUUUAUGCAACAGUCUCGUAUCUCAUUGUGAUGGGUAAUAUAGUUGGACUCUGUGUUGAGACAAUGGAAGUUGGUGAGGUAGCAACGAAUGUGUCCUACACGUGCAAUGGAAGGGACGAAUACGUCAUAGUUCGACAUCCCAUAUCUUCCCUGAGAUAUGUUGAUAUGGCAUGUGCUGUGUUCUUCACGAUCGAGCUCCUGUUCCGCCUUUUGUUCUGUCCAAACAAAAGCCGGUUUGUUCGGCAUCCGCUGACCAUCUUGGACGCGGUGGCCUUGAUACCCACCUACGCUCACCUUGCCAUGACUUACAGCAGUCCGGACUACUGUGUCAUCAAAUACAACCGGGUACUCGCCACGGUCAUGACCUUACGUAUCCUACGGGUAUUCAGACUCUUCCACUUACUCAGACACUACAACCCUUUCUUGAUUUUCGUCUACUCGAUACGCAUCAGCUUCAGGGAGUUUUUUAUGUUGAUAGUGUUCAUGGGAGUGGCUGUGCUAUUCUUCGGAACGUUAAUCUAUCAGGCUGAACAAUCCGAGUUAUACGACACGAAAAGUGAAAUGUACCCGGAUGCAUUUGCUGGGCUGUGGUGGGCGUUGAUAACAAUGACUACGGUAGGGUACGGGGAUAAGUACCCUAUCACUGGCGCUGGCUAUAUCGUCGGUUCGUUCGUUGCCCUAUCCGGUGUGCUCAUCGUUGCUCUGGCCGUGCCUAUCAUUGCCAACAACUUCACGCUCCUCUACGAUUUCUAUGCAGCGAGCGAGAAGCUUGGGGAAAAGGAGAAGGAGCUCGGGGAACAUGCGGAGAAAAAAGGAUGCAGUUCUUGUUGUGGGAGAUAUAAACCCGUGCAAACCAACUUCGAAACUAAUGUGUAGAAUUUCAACUCUUCUCUUGACCUUUUAUCUUUAAACUUUUAAUGAUCUUCAUAGUAUUCUUCUUUGAGAAAUUCGACUACAAAAUUACGCCUCAGCACAGUUCGUGGAGGUGAUGCAAAGGUUAUGCUCAAACUAUUGGCACCAAUGUAUAAUUAUGGUGUCCUGGCUAUCCACUGCUCGGGUAUCUUACAUUCUUGCACAUGCCACGUUCUGAGACACUGCUGGAACGCGUAAACAAAUAGUCUAGACAAAUACUGUUGCCUACCUUUUAGAAUUUCCUAUAGCAGUUAGUAGACGAAGUACCCUUUGCACUCUUUAUGAUGUUUCACUUUGAAUGCGUUUGCUGAUUCUUAUACAAUCCUUUUUCAGUUUCAUACAAAUGUACAUGCACAGUCUUUACAAGCGU